AUGAAAAAUUAUAAAAAAUUGAUUUCUGCUAGUGAAGGUUAUUGUAAAAGUGAAUCUGCUCAUGCAACACAAACUAAAAUAUUAACUGAUUCAUUGGUAUUACAAAGUAAUACUGGAAUUAAUGAUUUAGAUCAAGGAGUAAAUAAUAUUAUUGAUAUUUUACAAGUUAUGUUUGCUGGAAGAAAUGAAACAGCUAGAUAUUUUAAUGAUCAAAUAAUACCUAUUUUAAAAAAGAAUGCUUCUGAAUACCCUCGUAUGGUUUCUAAUUUUGAAGAUAGGUAUAGAAAUGAUUUGAAACGUGCUGACUCUAAUAUUGCUUUAUCACAAAAAAAGUUAAAGGCUCAACCCACUGAAUUAAAACAAUUUAUGGAAGAAGUAAAACAAACAGAAACUUUAAAACAACAAUGUAUUGUUCAAGGACUUCAUGAUACAACUAAAAUGGUAAGAGAAUUAUAUUGUGGAUUGAUUCAACUAUUUUGUAAUUUAUUUGAAAAAGAAAAGAAUGCACUACAACAAAUAGUGGAUGUAUUGAAAGCAAAUGAAGCUGAAAUUCAAAAAAUGGCUACUUCUAGUACAAAUUUUGGUGAAGAAGUUGGAGAAUUGAUUAAAGCUAAAAAACAAGUUCUUAUUGACCUCAAAAAAUUAACACCAGAAUUAAGAGGUGUUUUAAAAGCAGCUGGAUUAAAGAGAAAAGAUUUAUGUAAUCCAGAAACUGUUAAAUUACUUAUUGCUACAGUUGAACAAGCUGUCAAAGAAGGUAAAUGUGACCAAAGUGUAUUAGACCAAUUAACAGCUACUCCUGGUUCAGAAAAUUCAUUAGUCAAAACUUCUUUACCCAAUGGUAAACAAAGAAAUGCUGAGUUAGAGGAUUUUGAAGAAAUUGAUAUUCCAAACUCUAAUAAAAAUACAGCCGUCCCUAGUACUAAUUCUCCUCAAGCUGUUAAAAAAUCUGAACAUGAAUUAGAAACACCUUCUGCUCCAAUUAUUCCAUCUAAUAAUGAAACAUCAGAACCUAAUACUCAAACUAGACGCCCACCACCUCCUCUUCCUAGUCGUAAGGUACCACCUACAUUACCUUCUCGUUCAGAUAAUAAUAUUCCUCCACCAUCAGGUAAUCCACCACCCCCUCCUAAUUUGAAUAUUCCACCACCUCCUCCUAGUUUAAAUGUUCCACCACCUCCUCCUACAGUAAAUACUUCAUCUCCUACUCCAAAAACUACACCUGCUGUCUCGUUACCAACUGGUGGAAGAUCAUUUCUUGAUGAUAUUAGCAAAGGAGGACAUGUCCUUAAGAAAACUGAACCAUUACCAGAAAAGAAAAUGACUGUGGCACAACAAGAUGAUCUAACUAGUAUGCUUGCUAACGCUAUGGCAAACAGACGUAAAGAUAUUGAGGUUGACACAUCUGAAGAAGAAGAUGACGAUGAUGAAUGGAGUGACUAA